UGGAGCCUGCCGGGACGCAUUACUAGGGCGACGGGCCGGACGCCUCCCGCUUCGGGAUGAAUUAGCGGCGGGUUUUGCUCGGAGAUUGUGCCCCCCACGGAUUCUCCAGUUCGUCCACGCGACCCCCACGGCGACGCGCGACGUCCUCUGCUGGUCACAGAAUCAUGGUGUCAUGGAAAGGGAUUUACUUUAUACUCACUCUGUUUUGCGGAAGCUUUUUCGGAAGCAUUUUUAUGCUCGGCCCCUUUUUACCUUUGAUGUUUGUAAGCCCAUCUUGGUAUCGCUGGAUCAACAACCGCCUUGUGGCAACCUGGCUCACACUGCCUGUGGCAUUGCUGGAGACCAUGUUUGGUAUAAAAGUGAUUAUAACAGGUGAUGCGUUUGUUCCUGGGGAGAGAAGUGUCAUUAUCAUGAAUCAUCGGACAAGAAUGGACUGGCUGUUCCUGUGGAACUGUCUGAUGAGAUAUAGCUACCUCAGAUUGGAGAAAAUUUGCCUCAAAGCUAGUCUCAAAAGUGUUCCUGGAUUUGGUUGGGCCAUGCAGGCUGCUGCCUAUAUCUUCAUUCAUAGGAAAUGGAAGGAUGACCAGAGCCAUUUUGAAGACAUAAUUGAUUAUUUUUGUGAUAUCCGUGAACCACUUCAACUCCUCAUAUUCCCAGAAGGAACUGAUCUCACAGAAAACAGCAAGGCUCGAAGUAAUGAUUUUGCUGAAAAGAAUGGACUUCAGAAAUACGAGUAUGUCUUACACCCAAGAACUACAGGCUUUACUUUUGUGGUAGAACGUCUAAGAGAAGGUAUUUGUAUGAAGAGUAUGUUCAAAGCAAUGUGGAGAAUACAAAGAUGAGAAAGACAUGCAGCCUGCUCUUAUGGAGUAAUCACCUCUGGUUUUGAAUAAACACUUAGUAUAAACUAGAAAAAUGGUAAGUGGCUGUGGGAGAAGGCCACAUAAAGGGCUGUGGGGUUUAGAGAAGGAAGACAAUAUAUACAAUAUCAUGAAAUCCCAGAGAUUAGAGGAGUACGCGGAAAUAAAACAUGGUCUUUGAUGUUGUGAUUAUUAACCCAGACCAUGGCGAUGUGUACCUAAGAGGUGGAUAUUGCCCAUCCUGAGCUGCAUCUAUUGAUACUCAAAAGAUAAUGGAUCCUGACAUGAUUCACUGAGAAGAGCAUAUCAUCACUUCUGAAGUAUUCGUGCCAAAAUGCAUACCUUUGAUUUAGUCACAAGAAAACAUCAGACAAACCAAACUGAGAGUCCACAAAAUAACUACCAACGUUGGUUCCUGGAUUGGAUCCUUAGGCAGAAAAAGGACAAUAGUGGAACAAUGGGCAAAAUUUGAAUAAAAUUUGACCUCUAGAUUACUGGUAAAGUCUCAGUGUUAAUCUCAUUUUGCUUAAUUGUAUUAUGGUUGUAGAAGAUGUUAACAUAUAGAAGGCAUAUAAGGUCAAGUUUACUGGAAGUCUUUUUAGUAUUUCAUAAUAUUUUUUACAAGCUUGAAUUUAUUUCAAAAUAAAUUUAAAAAGAACAGCAAGGUAAUUCAUCCUCAUAGUAUAAAUCCUUUGCAGAUUCACAUAGCUCAAGUAAAGAUCUGUUUUAGAUUUAUACAGGAGGAUUAAGAGAAGCUGAGCAGUCACAGCAAAGCUAUUCCUAAAUUAAAAAUUUUUGACAGGUUUCAUUUGACCCACGACCAGAAAAAUAAAAUGAUGCACAUAAAAACCAAAGAGAUCCAAAUAAUGUUCUCAGAAUUUGUAGUAUUCCAGUUUAGAACAGGUUUUACCGGCCAAGACAAACUAUCCCCUCCUUCUCCCCAUCCCAUGAUGUGUAUUAAAAUUAGAGCAUUCCAUGGCAAUGAGGAUUGACCUUUAAAUUCUGCUUCAAAAAUGUUUUGCUAGCUAUUAUUUGAUUGGAUAGGGUAGCUAGUUUAAAGAUUUGGGGGGGGGGUUUAUUUUAAAGGGCCAGAUUUGUAUUUUCUAGUAUCUGUUAACUAUUUAAGAUUACUUGUAUUACUUAAUGAAGACCUUAGGUUCAGAUGAUUGAUUUAAUCAUACUCAGUUUAUGAGGAUAUUAUCAUUGGUCUUGGGCAAAGCUUCUCUUUUGUUAUUUAUUCCACUUUAUCCCUGUACCCUACUCCCAUUUCUUCUUCAUUCAUUCCAUAGGCAGUCAUUCUGGUAUAUUUAAUUUGUAUCUUUUGCUUCUAAAUGUUCCUUUAAAACUUCAUUUUAUGUUCCUAUAUUUUUAAGGACUCAUAAAUCUCAUUCUGUUUGUUUGUUUUAUGUUCCUAUAUUUUUAGGACCCUUCUAAAUCUCAUUCUGUUUCUUACUUUUUCACUUAGCAUUUUGUUGUUAAAAUACAUUCGUGUUGUUAUGUGUGUGUCUAAUCCUUGGCCACCUUCUCCAUGGCAUGUCCUUUGCACAUCUCAUUUACAACAGUCCCAAAGAUGUACCCCCAGGAAGCCCCCGGUUCUCACCAUCACAAGAACACCACAGUGAGUAUGUUAUAAAGGCUCUCUUAGAUGUCCAUGUGGGAAUUUCUUUAGGGAUAGAUGCCCAGGAGUGGAAUUGCUGAGUCCUAGGACUUUGAGACCCUAAUUUGGCUAGCUCCAGAUUGCUCUCCAACCUGAUGAGUUCCUGCCCUCUGAACUUCCACUGGCCAUCUGUGCGAGUGCCUAUCUGGUCUCACUCCUACAGACAUUUGGUGUUAUCCCGCUUUCUCCUUUUUGCCAGUUGAAUAUGUAUAAAGUGGGUACCCUGUUGUUUUGAUUUGCUUUUAUUGGAUUACAGAGGAUUUUCAUAUGCCUAUUAUGUUUUGGGGUUUCCUCUUCGAGGUUUAUAACUCCUGUUUUUCUUUUGAGAUUACCAUAGUGAUUUACUGAUUUGUACAAAUUCUUAUGUUCUAGAUAUUAAUUCCGUGUUCAGUUUGAGACAUUGCAAAUAUGUUCUCCAGUUACAUAUUCAUUGAACAGAAAUUCUUAAUGUAAUCAAAAUCAUAAUUUUUUUUUACCUUAUAAGUUAUGCUCUUGAAGUUUAAGAAAAUCUUCCUCGCUACUUAUCAGAAAAACAGUCUCUAGUUUCUCUUAAUUGUAUAAUUACCUUUUACAUUUCUGAUAAAAACAGUUUCUAUUCUCUGUUAAUUAUGGAACUACCUUUUACAUUUAGUUUUUAUCCAUCUUGAAACCUCCGUUAUUGUUGAUGAGGACCGAGUUUUAUUUUUCUCCAACACCAUGUAUUAAGCAAUGGGUCUUUCCCCCAUUGCUUUGUGAUGUCACCUUUGUCAUUUUAAGUUCCCAGACAUCAUCAGAAUGGCUUUGAACUCUAUUCUGUUGCAUUAGUUUGUCCUUUUUCAAGAGAUAUCUGGUGUUUGUUUUUUCCUAACUAAUGGAUUCUUUUAGAAUGUAUUUUCCUUAUUAAAGAUCCUGUUUCUUCUCAAGGAACUAGUUUAUGCAUGUAUUAAACCAGAAUAGCCUCCUUGCUCUCACUGUUUAGCAGCAUUUCAGCCCACAGUGAUCUUGUCCUCUGAACUCGCAGUACUCCUCUUCUGUUACACUCACUUCACUUCUGUUAAAAUUUUACAUUAACUUUUAAUAUAAAAAAUGUUAUUUAUUUGAGGGAGAGAGAGCACGAGUGGGCAGGGGCGGGGGGAGUGGCAGAAGCAGACUCCCCACCAAGCAGGGAGCCCAACAUGGGGUUUGAUCCCAGGACCCCAAGAUCAUGACCUGAGCCAAAGGCAGCCGCUUAACUGAGCCACCCUCGCGCCCCCUUGUAUUAACUUUUAUUUCCUGUGUUACUGCUUAACUUUUCAUAUGCUUUCACAUAUUCCAACUAGAUUAUAAACUUCCAAAAGGCAAGGAUUGCUUACACGUCUUUAUACCUCCUAUCGUAGUUGUAACUAACAUAGGAUCUGUAAUACUGGACUUUUACAUCAGUACUUUUGAUUUGAUGGAUGUCUUUUUUUAAAGAUUUUAUUUAUUUAUUUGACAGAGACACAGUGAGAGAGGGAACACAAGCAGGGGGGAGUGGAGAGGGAGAAGCAGGCUUCCUGCUGAACAGGGAGCCCGAUGUGGGACUCGAUCCCAGGACCCUGGGACCAUGACCUGAGCCGAAUGCAGACGCUUAACAACUGAGCCACCCAGGCACCCGGAUGUGUGUCUCCUUAAAAAAAACCAUAAGCAUAUACAGGCAGGGACUGACUUACGAAGGACAGAGCACAAAUAUACGGUGUCGACAUGCACUAAUUGAAUGUACCAUAUCUUCUGUGGCAGGAUUUUUCCAACAUUAGACUUUUUGUUAUAUCUCAAUUUCUCCAUAUUAAAAAAGUUUUAAUUUACCAAUUCUUUUUUCUCCCCCCCCCUUUAUUUUUAGUAAUUGCAUUUUAUUUAGUUUUCCUUAAUGAACUGAGCGAAAAGCAGUUGUGGUAAAUAAAUCAUGUGCAAGGGAGAACAAUACAUUAUAAUUAGGAUUCCAUUAUCAUUUAAUUAGGCAUUCCAUUAUUGAAUUGGUGUCUCUGGCUUCUCCUGGUCUCUGACUAAUCCUGAAACAAAUUCUUCUUUGUGGGUAAAUAUUAGCCUGUAAUAAUUAGAGUAUUCAUCUAAGCUAAGGCUUUUCAUUAAAUCUCUUUCUGAUUAAGAUAGCUCCCCAAGUACAGACUGAUUUAAUGUGAUUUAUCCACUUGUGUAUCAAGGUCUGGUGGAAACGGUUUUUAACACCAGAGGAUUAAGAAUAUUAAGAUCACCUUGAUAUUCACAGAUCUCUCAAGUAUUUAAGGCGUUGCUGUUUGAGUUGUUCUGUCCACCUAGGUCUGAUGUCUCAGCUAAUAAAUUCUCGUGUGUCACAAGUGCUGUAAUGGGCCACUACUGAAAAUAGUACACUGAUUCUAUUGUGUAUUAAAAUAUUGCACAUAGACUUAGGACAUUCUUGUGUUCUUAGGUUUGGGACUCAAUUUUCAUUCCAACUAGCUGGUUCGACAUAUCAAACGUGCCUUUUCAGUUUUACCAGAACUUCAGGGUUAACUAAUAACUAGAAACAAGCAAACCAUUGAUAAAUAUGCUUAAUGAAGGGCCUCCAUGGACAUGAAUGCAACUUGUUUUGUAUUAACUACUUGGACUCCUUAUUGCUUCCUUGCCUUUUACCUUUCUUCAGCUUUUCCUCUAUUUUCCAAUGAUGAAUAUUUAAUAGAUAUUAAGUAUUGAAUUUAAUUUUGUUUGGGUUUUUUUUACUUCUUUCUUAACCAUUUUCCCCCAUACUUUAUUCAAGUCUAACCUCACCAUUCACUCUUACACUUUUAGCCUUUUUCUUCUGAUCCCUUUGUCUAACUUAUUUUUAUUUUUGUUUAGUCCUUCCUCCUUCCCUGCUGUGUGAACAGGAAGAAGUCUGCACCGUUGUCUGCAUGUGAAUAGACUACAGCUAUAGUAACUAAUCAGAGGGAGCCAAAGCAUAGAUUCUAAUUUGUUGCAGUCAAAAAAAAUCCUGAAAAUAUGGUCUUUUUUGGUUAUCAAGAAAGUCCAUUAUGAAACAAACUAAAUGAUGUGUUCUGAUCACAAUUUUGCUCCAGUUUUUGGAAAUCCUGGGGUUGGGGGGCAGAGAGAGAGAGAAAAUAUGUGUGUGUACAUAAUUAUCAGUGGAGGGGGAGGAGGAAUGCCAUGAAAGGAAAAGAAAGGCAUUCCACAUCUUGAACUUUCUGAGGUCCCAUUUCCAGCCUGUCCCUCAGCCCUCAGUAUCCUGAGAAUAGCUGAUUCUUCCCUUCCCCCUCCCCUCACUCUGCCCCCAUUGAGCUCUUCGCCCAUUUGAAAACAGUGACAAGGAGGAACCUGAGUCAGUAGGGCAAAGGAUGAUGGGAGGUGCUUUGGAGUCAGGACUGAAGCUGAGGGGUCUCAGACCAAGUCUGGCUAAGAUUCUUCACAGGUCUGGGCAUGGUUUGAACAGCUGAGCUGCUCAGCAGCAGCAAAGGGGCCACCUUGUCUGAGUCAGCAGAGGGAGGUGGUUGAUGAACCGGUUAGCAGACCACAUGAACCAAUAGAAUGAUAAACUGUAACUGCUGAAAUACUCUGGUCAUUUGCAAAGAACCCCCCGCCUCCAUCCUGGAACCAAAGUAGAAACAGAGCAUCGUGUAAGUAAGGCAGCAAGUACUAGUUAAGAAGAACGUCUGCACUGAUAGAAUUGCCGGCUCUCAGAGUUUUCAAGCUAGUGGGAACCCCAUGUGUCUCACGGACAGAAAGAAAAACAGCACAGUAGAGAAUUACAAGGCUUUCUUUGAGGAGGUUGGUUCUUCUAUUUCAAGACCUAUUUUUGAGAAUUGAUUAGGAAACAAAUACUUCUACGAUAAUAACCUCAUUUAAUGAAGAGACUGCAUUCCAGCAUGCUCAACGAGGGGUCUUUUGUUAUUAGGGAGAAAUGAUACAGAAAGCACUCAGCAGUGCAUUCCGAAUUUCAGGAAAAGAAUUUCAGUUUAAAAACAGCAACUGAGCCACCCAGGAGCCCUGAAAAGCCUGCCAUUUUCAGUGGGGUACUUGGGCCUCCCUGAAAAGGUGAAUUUGACAGAAGAACAUCUCUGGUACAGGAACAGCACAGGUCUUGAGAUGGGAAUGUGCCUGGUGUGUUCAAACAAGGACACAAAACUCCGUGUGGCUAGAGCAGAGGGAGGUAGGUACAUUGUCAUAGAAAAGGAGGGGCAGAAAGGUAACAGGUGACCAGGGAGUGUACAGCUUGGUGGAGCAUCGAGCAUGGUAAGGACUUUGGCAUUCUCUCUGGGUGAGGUGGUCAGCCUUUGGGGUGAGGGGAUGAAGGGGGUUGUAAUGCAGUGAUAACAUUAUAAAAGGAUUACUCUGUUUUCCACUAUUAUAUUGAAAAAGUCUGUAGAGGGGAGAGUGGGCCAACAGGGAAACAAUUAGAAGGGUUUUUGCAAUAAGCCAGGUGAGAGAGGGGGUGGCUUGAGGUCAAGUUGGUAAGGUGUUAAGAAUUGGCUGAAUCCUGGGUAUAUUUUAAGGUAGAACCAACAGGACUCUCUGAUGGAUUGGAUGUGGAGCUUAAGGGAGGAAACAAGGAUGACUGCAGGGUUAUUGACCUGAACUGGAGGAAGGACAGCUUUGCCCUUGAGGCAAAGACUGUGGGAAGCACAGUCUUAUGUGCAAGUAGGUGGGUAGAUGGAGUGGUAAGAGCCUGUAGAAGUUUCUUAAUUAUUUUCUCAGAGAAAUAGGAUGAGAAUGAGAGAUGGUGAGGAAGUAAUGGAGGUUUGAGAGAAAAGCUAAGGCUUUUCUUCAAAUCUGGGCAGAUAGAACACAGAACGGUCUACGGAAACAUGUGUGAUUGCCAAGCAGUACUGGGGGCCCACUUCUGGCCAGUCAUCAGUAAUCUACCAAGGACUUCCUUCCACUAGUCUCCAUUCCCAGCCAAAAAAUCAAAUAAAGUAUGCCCCCCGAAACAUGGACCUAAUAGGCUCAAGUGAAUUUCUGGGCGAAGGGGGAGGCAGCAAACUCAAAAACCUUCAGCAGCCAGAGGGGUUACAGAAA